AUGGCACUGAGUGACCUCCUUUACCCAGAAAACCCCAGGAGACGACAAGAACUGAUCCAUCUGCACCGGGAAUUGCUUGACUGCAUGUCCAUGAAUUUCCAUGCAACAAAUGAGUUGGCUGGAGUUCUGAAUGCACACCUGGGGUGUACUAUCACCCACAUCAAGAUGAGAGAGAGCAGCACUGUCAAAGAAAACUGUGAUAUUAUCAUUCAAGCGAUGCGUGAGAUUCAGUGUCAAGUACAGAAGAUUGAUAGUGACAUGAGGGAGAAGCUGGAGCCUGUGCUGUACCAGAAGCUGUACGAUAUCAAAGAGCCUGAGUUGGAGAAAAUUGCAAUAGCCCAUAAAGUUUUUUCCAUUGUUCUUGGAGAAGUGACUUCAACUGCUGGGAUGGUAGCUGUCAAACUGCUUAGCUCCAACCUUAUCACUAUCACUGUCUGCAAACUCAUCAGCCUCCUUGCACAGAUCGGGGCAUCUGUUCUUGGAGGAAUCAGCAUUACCAUCCUUGGGCUCGGCAUGGAAAUGAUUCUCCAUGCCAUUCUGGGAGCUGUAGAGAGGAACCAGCUGCUGGCAGCUGUGAGGAGCUAUGAGGAGCACCUGGCUGAGUUUAAAGAAGCAUCAGAAAAAUACCAGUGCGCCAUACGUGAAGUGACUUCUUUGGUCAGACAUCAAGUUCAGUGAAUGGAAAGGCAACACUUUAAAUACACGCCACUUUUUCUUCACCUGUUUUCCAGAAUGGAUCGUAGAUGAAAUGCUAUUGGUACUACUGACAGUAAUAAGCACUGCUGGAGCAGAAGUGGUGAGAAAGUACAGUUUUUCUCUUCCAGAGUUUCUCCAUCAAAAUGACAUCAUAACAGAAGAAAAUGAUUUCAGCAAAACAACCAUAUAAUCACCUGAAGAAUUUACCAGGAUGGCUGUUACCAUGAUCUCUUGAUGUGGAUUUGUGCUAAAUCUGACAGGCUGAAUUCCCCAUUCAUAGAAGCACUUACAAGGACUAGCUAAAGCACACGUAACUCCUAUUUCCUGUGCCUUCUUGCCUGAGAAGCCAGCCAGAGAUCUUUAUAUAAACUCUAAUGCCAGCAGAUUAACAGAUAGAAAAAUCAUGGGCCUACAGGCCCAAGAGUUGAGAGAACCCAGCUGCAGUGCUCCUGAUGUAUCUAGCUGUGAGAAACAUCAUGUUAUCAGUAUUGUCCUGCUCCUGCCCACUCACAGGUAGAUGCUUCUGUGCACACUUGCUACUUUGUUGAUCAAAUGGCAUUAUAUGCUUACACAAGGAUUUGUAAGAUUACAGCCCUAUUAAUGCGCUAAAUUUACUUACAAGAGCUUCACGAGUCACCAGUGUGGGACUGCCAAAAAUACUCUAAUUCCAUAUUUCACAACUUACCACCAAAUGGCCUUAUUUUGCAGCCUUUCAGAACAAAGCUAAAAGCAAGAGCAUGAUUUGCUGUCAAUCUCUGAUUUGCUGUGGUUUGCUUUUUUUCUUUGAAAAAAAGAAUAUAU